CUUCUGUGAGGCACCGUCGCUCCGCAAAGAUGCGCGCCUGCGCAUUUUUGAUAAGUGGGCGCCCGCCUCAAGUGUUUGUCAGCUCGCGUAAUUAUUUAUCCUGAGAACAGCGUUUCUCUUUCUCCUUUUUCUUUGCACAUCUCUAACCCAAGACAUGACUGAACUACGUAUUGAGGCGAAACAUUUGACGACGGAGGGUGGCGCAUGGCUUCUCGUCCUGAGCUCCGUGUUCUUAUGCAACCUCCUCAAAAUCCUUCUACCUUCCUGUUCUUCCAUUAUAUCUAGAUUGCUACAAAAGGAUGCUGAGCAGGAAUCUGAAAUGCGAUCUGAUAUUCAGAGCAUGAAGCAAGAACUUUCUACCAUUAGUAUGAUGGAUGAAUUUGCCAGAUAUGCUCGAUUAGAAAGGAAAAUUAAUAAAAUGACUGAUAAACUUAAAACACAUGUGAAAACACGAACUGCUCAACUAGCCAAAAUAAAGUGGGUAAUAAAUAUUGUGUUCUACAUUUUGCAAGGUGCCUUAAUGAUAUCAUUAAUUUGGAAAUAUUACUCUGAACCAGUUACUGUGCUUCCAAGAAAAUGGCUAGCCCCUUUGGAACGUAUAGUAGCUUUUCCAACAGGAGUGGCAGGUGGUGUUGGAAUUACAUGUUGGUUGGUUGUUUGCAACAAAGUUGUUGCCAUUAUGCUACACCCAUUCAGUUAAGAAAGAAACAAAUUUCACUUUCAGCAAUUUAGACCUCCCUGUCUUUAUAUCAGUAUUCUGCUAUGGUAGGAGAUAAAGCCCAAGAACAUGAAAGACUAAAAGGGUGCAGCUUUUAAAAAAUAAAAAAACAAAUAUUCAAUAAUUGAAAUACAAUCUACAAUGACUUUUGUUAUAUAGUUAUUUCCCUUCAUUUUUAGAUGUGUAGAAUAUAUGCUGAAUAUGAACUAUUACUGUGCUCGAUGUUAUAUUUUUAUUUAUAUUCUCAUCUGUUAUUUCUUGUACAGAUGCAAAAGAAAAAUAGUCAUAAGCAUUUCAGGCAAUCGAGUACUUCAAAAUAAUCAUAGAAUCAUAGGAGAACAGGGUUGGGAGGAACAUUGGAGGUCUUCUAGUCCAACUCCCUCCAGGAAAUCCUAUAACCUCUCAGGCCAAAUGGUUGUCCAAGCUCUUUUUGAAAACCUUCAGUGAUGGAGCACUCAUAGUUUCUCCUUAGUUGUAAGCUGGAUCUCUCUUUAGUAAUUUUCCAUUUGUUACUUCUUGUCCUUCCCUUAGGUGCUUUGGAGAAUAGGUCAACCAUGUCUUCUCUGUGAUAACUCAAAUAUUGGGAAAUUGCUAUUAUGUCACCUCUAGUCCUUCUCUUUGCUAUACUAGACAUGCCUGGUUCCCUCAACCAUUCAUCAUAUGCUUUACCACCAGCGGUCCAAUCAUCUUAGUCACUAUUCUCUGCACUCUUUUUAGAGUCUCAACAUCUUUUUUGUAUUGUGCAAAAGUGCAAUUAUAUUGUAUAAAAUAGCCAAUCAUAAUUGCUUUAAUAGCAUUCCAGACAGUCAUUGAAUUUGUCCAUUUACCCAGAUUAUUAUCGAAACAUUAAUUUCUUUUAAUAAUCCUUUACAAUCUCCUUUUGUGAAAAAUUUAUUUAAUCUCUACAGUUCAAAUUCUUAGAUGCGGCAUAUGCCAAAUGAUAAUAAAAAUAAAUUAAGGAUUCAGGGAAAUCUUAUUUAGAGGGAGAAAUUGAUAGCAUAAUUCAGAAAACAUCUUUUUGAAAAAUCCUUUAAUAUUUAUAUUUAAAGAAUGUGAAAAAGUACACAAAAUAGUUUUUGUGAUGCUAAUAAUAACUAUACAAACUAAUAUCUAGUAUGUUAGUUCUAAUACUAUCCACUAUCAUCAUUCUAAUAUUUUCUAAUAUCUAUAUUCAUGCUUUAGAACAUUUUUUCAAUAAUUAAAAAUACUGGGUAUGGGGUGAAAAAGCAAAACAAUUAAGAUUGCCCGAGAAGGCAAUUUUCUGAAAAACAUGUUUAUGGGCUUGACUGGAAUCAUCACACUGCAAGCCAUCAUUUCUGUAUCAAACCUCAUCAUAGGUUUUUUACUCUACAACACUCCCCCCCCCCCUCAAUUACCCUCAAUGCUUAAAUUAGCUUUUGGACCACUGUUAUUUAAGAUGUGGUUUGGACCAAACAGCCUUUCUUUUCUGGAGGUAUGUUGGGACCAUUUUCUUCAUUGGCAGUUGAAGGGGUGUCUUUUUGACUAUCCUUGGGAAGUUUGGCAAAUGAGGCUGUUAUUUCACCCUGUUGCCAUUUCUUUGGUCUUCUACUCAUGGUAUUUGGGUUGAUUAAGAGACCUGUUGAAGGAUAUCCCUGAUGCAAAAUUUCAAUAGCCUCUGAAAAUGCUGUACAUACUGUUUUUUUACAUGUAGGUGGUGUUCUAUGUAUUACUGUUGUUAAUUUGGCUCAAACAGCUUCUUUGGCCUCUUUGUCUUCUUCAUUUUACUGUUUUUCAACUGCAACUUCUUCCAAAUUAUUUUCUUUUGGCUGAAUAUGAUGUUUAGGAAGACAUGAUUGUUCUGUCUUUAAUUCAGUGGUUCUCAACCUGUGGGUUGGGACCCCUUUGGGGGUUGAACGACCCUUCCACAGGGGUCACCUAA